UUAUCACUUCACCUUAACAAAAGGAGGCACUUUUGCUCACUCAAAACCCUAGCUCAACCCUUUCUUGCCUCCACUUUCCUUUCCAUCAGCAAAACCCAAUUUUCGCUUCGCAGAAAUUCUGUAACUGUAUUUAUAGGCCUGUUUGGUAACUAUGUCGGACGACGAGAGAGAAGAGAGAGAAUUGGAUCUAACCAGUCCUGAGGUCGUCACCAAGUACAAGAGCGCCGCUGAAAUCGUUAACAAGGCUUUGCAAUUGGUGUUGUCCGAAUGCAAGCCAAAAGCAAAGAUAGUUGAUCUUUGUGAAAAAGGGGAUGCCUUUAUCAAAGAGCAAACUGGAAAUAUGUACAAGAAUGUGAAGAAGAAAAUUGAGAGAGGUGUUGCAUUUCCAACGUGUAUUUCAGUUAACAACACUGUGUGUCAUUUCUCACCAUUGUCUAGCGAUGAGACAGUACUGGAAGAAGGUGAUAUAUUGAAGAUUGAUAUGGGAUGUCACAUUGAUGGAUUUAUUGCUGUAGUUGGACAUACACAUGUUCUUCACGAAGGACCAGUUACCGGUAGAGCUGCUGAUGUCAUUGCAGCUGCUAAUACAGCCGCUGAAGUUGCUUUGAGGCUUGUGAGACCAGGAAAGAAGAACUCGGAUGUAACAGAAGCUAUUCAGAAAGUUGCUGCUGCCUAUGACUGCAAGAUUGUUGAGGGUGUCUUGAGCCAUCAAAUGAAGCAAUUUGUUAUUGAUGGAAACAAAGUUGUAUUGAGUGUGACCAAUCCUGAAACAAGAGUAGAUGAAGCAGAAUUCGAGGAGAAUGAGGUUUACUCCAUUGAUAUUGUGACAAGCACUGGUGAAGGAAAGCCAAAAUUGUUGGAUGAGAAACAAACAACUAUCUACAAGAGAGCCGUGGACAAGAGCUAUAACCUGAAGAUGAAAGCUUCAAGGUUUAUCUUCAGUGAAAUCAGUCAGAAGUUCCCUAUCAUGCCAUUUACCGCAAGGGAUUUGGAGGAGAAGAGGGCUCGUCUGGGCCUAGUUGAGUGUGUUAACCAUGAGCUUCUGCAGCCAUAUCCUGUUCUACAUGAGAAACCUGGUGAUUUGGUUGCUCACAUUAAAUUCACAGUGCUGUUAAUGCCUAAUGGGUCGGAUAGGGUUACAUCUCAUGCUCUCCAGGAGCUGAAGCCUGCAAAGACGAUAGAGAAUGAACCCGAAAUCAAAGCCUGGCUUGCCCUUCCCGUUAAAACCAAGAAGAAAGGCGGUGGGAAGAAAAAGAAAGGGAAAAAAGGUGACAAGACAGAAGACUCAUCUCCAGCAGAGCCAACGGAAGGAUAGUGAAAUGGCUCCAAAUCUUGAUAAAUAUCAAUUUUAUGGUGCUUGAUCGAUCAACUUCACUGAAACUAUUGGUUCUCUCCGUUGGUCCGCACUUUCAGCUGCCUUUGUUCUUCCUUUGGGGCUUUGCUAUACAAGGGACAGAUAAUUAUUGUCCUCUGUACUGUCAUGUUAAGCUACUCAGUUUUCCAAUGCUAUUCAAUAUGCUCUCAUAUCUGUCUUAAACCGUCAUAAGACUUACUUUUCUCGUCUCAAUUUGAAGUUAGAUGGCAAUUUUGUUUCUGA